AUGGACCCUCCAAGCGCAUCUCCGUCCGUCUCAUCGACAGAGAGAGGCAUGCAAGCGUCGACGUCAGACUCGCUCGUCGCCACGACUGCGCCACAAGAAGUGCACUCUUCGCCGACCGAGAUCCAAGAAGGCACCCAUGAUGCCUUGCUCCAAUCUACACCGGCUCGUUCGCUGGUCCGAUCAGACACGGUCACAGACUGUGGUGCAUCAAGCACCCGAGAGGCCGCCGCUCAUCUCGAACGCUCGCUCGCUGCAAGCAAAUGGGCUUCCCCGGCUUCGCACGACUCGCUCAUCUCGACCUCCAUCUCGAGCGUCAGCGGCCCACCGAAGCAGACAUCGAGAGAUCGCUACUUUGAUCGCUUCGACUCUGCAAGCGACAGAGAAUCGCCUUUUCAUCUCGGCACGCUCAUCUCGACCGAAUCGCCUCGUCAGUCGUUGCCUAUGCUUCCCUCAAGCUCACCUUUGAGCACGUAUAGCACGCGUGAAGCUUCAAUAAGCCAAGAAGACAAGCAGACAGGUGCCAACAUCUGGUCCUCGCCUCUCGUCAAACGUAGACCGCCUUUUGACGCAUCAUGGGACAUCCAAUGGUCUCCUUCGCGCGAGUCAAAGCUACUCGAUCAGGGACAUGCUCGUCUCGGAUCGGAUGACCUCAAUGAAUCAGGCUUUUCCAGUCUUCGAAGCAUUCGCUCGGGCAGCCAGGACUCAUCUGCUUUCACUUCGCCUAACACUUCCGUCAGGUCAUCGAUCGCCCAGAGUGACAUGCUCAAAGGCUUGGCAGACUGUCUUCCUCACUCGAGCUCUUUUCUACCCGUCACACCGCCGCUCAAAGCAUCUGCGAUUCAGAGACGCCAGGAUCAGCUUGCGUAUCACAAGUCCCAAGAAGAUCAGUUGCAGCUUGAAGCAUUGCCCGAGUCUGUCAAAGCACUCACACAAGCCUUCAAUCCAUUCUUGUCAUCGCCAGAACCAAAGACAGUCGAUCCACCAGCGCCUAGCGACGACACCAGUCAAGUCAGAUCUGACGAUGCAACCAGUGAUUCAUCCAAUGGCUCGAGCGUCUACACCAAUGCAGGCGAGCUCUUCAGUCCGACCAUCCGAAGUCCCAGCCAAGUUCGUCGUCGUGAGGCAUCCAAGCGCGACCAAGCUCAGGAUAACAUCGAUGACGCUCAUGCCUCUGCUCCCGACUGUGGUCCUUCCAACCUCGGCGACAAAGUUAUCGAUUUCUCCCACUUGUCGCGCGGCUCUUCACACGCAGCGCUCCCGAGCAGCCAUGUCAAGGAAGCAUCCUACGAUCAGAUCCAAGCUAGCGCAUACCAGUCCGUCUCGCGCUACCUGCUCGUCGAGAACGUUCCGCCUGAGACCUCUCAAGCCGCCAUAGGCAAAACAUUCGCCCCCUAUGGGACUUUGCGCGGUAUUUACCUCCGUUCACUUUUGACGCAGAGUGCAAUUGUUCUGGCAUUCCAUGACACUCGCGAUGCUAUCGCGGCCCACGCUCAGCUUCCGAACGAAGCAGCUUUCGGUACAACGCUCGUGCCUCACUACAUCAAGCCUCACGAGUUUGCCAGAGUCGCCUCGGAGCUGCCUGUCCUCUCGCCCAACGAGGGUCAGAUUGAAGUACGCGUCAACCGAGCAGAUUGCCUCCCCAUCAAUUCUCAAUCUAUGAAGGAUCUCUUCACAUCUUUUGGGGACAUCAAGUCGUUCAAGCAAACCGGGAUUGAGCACGUCUACUCAUGCGACUACUGGGACGACCGAGAUGCUGUCUCGGCCAUCGAGACCCUACAUGGCCGCGUGCUACGCGGCACUGCUUUCAGCAUCCGCGCUCGCAACGAAGACGAAGUCUUUGCUACAGCGCAGCUGCCAACUCUGCCCGUCAGCGGCGUAUCGUACUCGCAUGUUGCUCAGAGCACUCCUCUGCGCGCUCCCAGCAUGCGCACUUCCUGCUCCUCUUUACUUCCCACGCACACGCAAAGUCUCGAUCUCGCGCGUUCGCCUUCAGUGGACCAGUUUCACUCGUCGCCGUCUUAUGCAAGUGAGCUGCAUGGUCUCAAUCGCACCCGAGGCAGCUUCAUUCGCAAGCUUUCGGCUCCCACUAUGUCGCGUUCUUCGCAGAUGCAAGACUCGCCGGCCGGUCUGCGCGGCAUCACGCCUCAAUGGGGUCUCUACCGCGAUGACCGUGUGCCUGACAACACUGCAUUCGAUCUCCAACGCGUUCGCAUGGGUCUCGACAAUCGCACGACAGUCAUGAUCCGGCGAGUACUCAACCCAAACAUCCCUAACAAGCUUACUGAUCUCGGUUUGCUCGAUGUGCUCAACGAAAGCAGCCCAAGAUCAUUCGACUUUAUGUACCUCCGAGUGGAUUUUCAGUCUGGCGCCAAUACCGGCUACGCCUUUGUCAACUUCUGCACGGUCACAAGCUUGCUUACCUUUGCCAACACCAAGCUAGGCACGCGCUGGAAUCGCUGCAACUCUGACAAGGUGAUUCAAAUGUCGUAUGCAAACGUUCAAGGGAAAGAAGCGCUGAUCAACAAGUUUCGCUGCAGCUCCGUCAUGGACGAGCACGUUUCAUUCCGACCCAAGAUCUUUUACUCGAGCGGCCCAUACCAAGGCCUUCCCGAACCUUGGCCUUGA